AUGCUGCACAUCGCUGGGGGUGUCGUGGCCGCGGCUGCCGUCGUCGUCGUCGUCAAGAAGAUUUUCUUCAAACAAUCACCACCAGCAGCCAACCCACGUGACCUUGUCAUAUUACGUCAGAUCGGACGCGGCCCGUACGCACCAAGCAUGUCGCCUUUCCCGCUCAAAUUGGAAACUUAUCUCAGGAUGGCCAAAAUACCGUACCAGAGUGUUCACUCGUUCAAGAUGUCGUCGAAGGGGAAGACUCCGUGGAUACAGUACAACGACGACGACGUGGCUGACUCUGCGUUCUGCGUGGACUACCUCAACGACAAGUUCGGAGUGGACCUCAACUCAAAUCUCAGUCGUCAACAGAGAGCGGUGGCCAGAGCCUUCGAGAAGAUGGUAGAGGAAGGAACCUUGUAUUGGUCUCUCCUCCUCUAUCGGUGGGUGUACCCAGUGGACAGGUCGCUGAUGAUGAAGACGUUUGGACUUCCGUUCUUCGCUUUCUGGAUCAUCAGUCGAUCACUGCGGAAGGCAGUCUGGGCUCAAGGCACGGGCCGGCACUCUGUUGAAGAAGUGGACCGCAUUAUCGAGGCCGACAUGCGAGCUAUAUCAGAUUUCCUAGGUGAUAAGAUGUUUAUGUUUGGAGACACGCCAUCUGAAGUGGAUUGCUCUCUGUUUGGUAUGCUUUGCCAGCCUCGAUACAACAUGCGUGGAUUGAAACCGGAAAAACUUCUUGAGAAAUUCCCCAACCUCGUCAAGUACUGUGACAGAAUGAAAUCUCUGUAUUGGCCUGACUGGGAUGACAAAAUCACUCACGGGGAGUUCUCUGGAAUCGGUAGAAACACGGUUAUCAGAGAGGAAACAUUCAGACCGUAGCAUCAGGAGCGGAUCCAGAGUUUCAAAGCAUGUUAUUAAACUACUGACCUGUUGUUGUUGGUGUAUAUGAGAGAGAGAGAGAGAGAGAGAGAGAGAGAGAGAGAGAGAGAGAGAGAGAGAGAGAGAGAGGAGAGAGGGAGGGAGGGAGGGAGGGAGGGAGGUGUUAUUAUACCAUGUAAUAUCUGCACUAGUGAUGUUACUAUGAUCGAUUGUAAUAAUAAAAAACAUAAUGUAACUA